AUGGAGCCCCAUCAAGAACCACCCACCCAAGAAGACACAUAUGACGCCGCCGAGAUCAUGGCCCAGACCAUGGGUUUCUCCUCCUUCGGUGCAGCAGCCCGGCCGUCCAAGAGACGUCGGACUGAUGACGCCGUCGUGGCGAGCCCUCAGAAUCCGGUCCGAGUCUCUUCCGCCAACUCGACCUCUUUGGGUAUCCGCCUGCCACAACGGGUAGGCGACGCUCACCGCACGCCUGCUUCUGCUCAGACCUCGGUCGCCGCCAGCAACGCUGAUGAGAUUGAUCUCGAUCUCGAGGAGGAGGGGUUCAAGGCCUAUGGUGCCGCCGACGACGCGGCCUCGGCAGCUCCGGUAGAAGGUGCUGCUCCUGGUCCUGAGGCGUCGGGUCCUGCAUCUGCGCAUGUGCCGGUUGAUGGUCCACACGGGCCGCCCGGUCGCGCUCAGGGUCAGCCGUGGUAUGUCGACUACUACGACCGCAAGAGCAACCAGAACCCUUGGAAGAAGCUGGAGGAGAAGCUCGGUCUGGAGCCGCGGGGCUCAUGGCCACCCCCCUAG